GUACGAGAAGAAGGCCCGGGGCCAACGGGGCCACGGGCACGGAGUGCCUUGCCACCACGCGCUGAUUGCCGCAGCGCUCAUCGGGCAGACGCACUUUUCCGCGGAGGAGAUGGGGGCGAAACCGCCCGAGUACCAGAAGAUCGAAGAAUUCCUGACGAAGUACGACGUGCCCAAGAAGCUGGGGAGGGAGGUGCUGGAGUUCAGGGCCUACGAGACGCGCGACAAGGGCCACCGUUUCCGGUUCCGCCUCGUGGAGGGGGGGGAUCCCUUGGUCAAGGCAGUCGUGGAGAUCAUCGUUCGCGUGUGGAUGCAGGCCGGGGGCGAGGAGGUGCUGGGGUCAGCGCCAGCGUCGAAGCGGGAGCGGAAGCUGCAGGCCCGCAUUAAGCGGAUGAAGCAGUGACCCGGCGGCGCAUUGCUUUCCCCCUUGUCUCCUCCUCCUCCUCCUCCUCCUCCUCCUCCUCCUCCUCCUCUCCUUCCUC